CUUUCCUUUCUUUACUUUCUCUUCUUUUUUUUUAUAUAUUUAUAUUUUGGAGAUGACAUUAAGAAAACAAGUUCAAUUUUCUGGUGAUAUCGAAUGGAUUGAUGCUUUUGCCAAUGAAGAUUAUGAUCGAACGGCACAACAAGUGGCAAAAUUAUCUUAUCAUGAUAUGUACGAAUUAUUAUUACUUAAAUCUCAAUGGCGACAGGAAUCACAACAAAUGAUGGCAACACGACAGAACGAUGAUGAUAAUCAUGUUGAAGAAGAAGAAGAAAAGGAUCAUUCAUCACAGUUAGAUCAAGAUGAUUGUACUCAAACCAAUCAAGAUUCAUUUUAUACUCUCUCAUAAUAAAUGACUCUUUCUACUAUUAUUCCAACAUUCAUCAUCUUAAUAAUAAAGAAUCAUCUAUUUGAUUUAUUGAAAAGAUCAAAAAAAAAAAUCUAUUCUAUUCAUUCAAAAAAAAAAGUAUCUAUUUAUCUAUAUGUAUUU